AUGGUCGAGACAGUCCGCAGCGAACACGCCCCCGCGUUCUACGAAAAGAACAUAAACUACACCACCACCACAAUCAGCAGCAGCGGGAGCGGAAGUAGUAGCAACAGCAGCAGCAGCACAAGUUUCAGCAGCAUCUUCUCCAACCCGAAACCGUCGGCCUACGCAGACGCCUCGUCGAUGGACUUCCUCCGCAGCACGUCCUCCUCCUCAUCCUCCUCCGCGUCGUCGUACUCCGCGCCCGCGCACCAUUUAUCCGAAGACACGCUUUGUCAUUCAAGCACCUCGCCGUCCUCCAUCGCCACCACACCCCCGGGGAAAAAGGUCUCGUCCGGCGACGGCGGUUUGUUUAUGGGCCUGAGCAGCUCGACAGGCAGGCGUGAGAGUCAGCGGCGGAGCAGGGGACGGUAUUCCGACGAGGACGCGGACGACGAGGAUGAUAUGGCCGAGCACUCGUCGUUCGACUACGGCGGCCGCUCAUACAGCACACCACAGCCCUCACCUUCACGGCCGUCGGCGGCGCAAAGUUCGUUGCAGAUGCAACUUCACCAGCGUAGACUACUCCUGCUCGACCAGCAGCGCCGGCACGGAUCCGAUGCCGAGGACGAGGUGGAGGUGGAUGAUGAGGAGGAGGACGGGUAUCGGAGUAUGCGUCUGAAUCUAUCUGGCCGCGAGCAGACGAGCGAGUACGUGUUUAAGCGGCAGCCGAUGCCGUCGCCGUCGGGCGAUCUGCCGAUGGAGGAGGGGAGUAUAUACGGCGGCGAGCAGUAUUCGCAUGGCGGCGAUGAGCAGCAGUUCCGGACACGGCUGCAGCAGUUUCAGCAGCGACAGUCUCAUGCGCAGCAGCUACUACAACAACAACAGCAACAACAGCAACAACAGCAGCAACAGCAGCAACAGCAGCAGAUGAUGAUGAUGAACUUUGAUAUACUCAGCGAGGCAGCUAGUCGGGCCGAGAUGGAGAUUCUGGCGGAUGACAUGGGCGAGAUGGAGUUUUAG